AUGUAUCUCCCACGCUCCUUGAUAGGACAUUUAUACCUCCAGCUUCUUCGAUCACACCAUCCACUUUCGCCUCCAGUCCUUAUACUCGUUGCCCUUGAACCCGACGCGCUAUGCGCGUGCCGCAUCCUUACGACGCUACUAAAACGCGAUUACAUAGCCCAUAAGAUCCAACCUAUUGCCGGGUAUGGCGAUCUCGCGCGUGCCGGCGAGGAGCUCGUACGUCCCAUGCGGACAACAGAUGGGGGCACUGGAGGAGUGGUCGUUUGUCUCGGUGUUGGUGGGCUCGUUGAUUUGGGCGAGAUUCUACGCCUGACAGACGAACAGGACGAAUCCGAGGAGCUGGGCGGGGUAGAAGUAUGGGUUCUAGACGCGCGCCGACCCUGGAAUCUGGUCAAUGUCUUUGGUGGGCACCCGGAUCAUUUCCGUGGCCGCGAAGCUCUGGCGGAGAUGGACCUAAAUGCCCUACGCAAAGGUCGCGGAGUCGACAAAGGUUGUCUGAAUAAAAGUUAUAAAAGUGGAAGUGGAGGGAUUAUCGUCUUUGAUGAUGGGGAUAUCGAGGAAGAGCUGACCAAGGAAUGCGAGGCUUAUUAUGCCCUUGAAGAAAUGCCAGAGGUUGACGAUGAUGGUGAUAACUUGGACGACUCAGAAAGUGAACAUGACAAUGACAAUAGUCUUGUGGGGGCCUCCAAGAAGAGAAAAUCCUGGUCAGGACGCGAGCUGGAAGAUAGUGAUGACGAGGACGAUGAACGGCCGCGUCAACGCAGGAGAAGUAACUCGAGCUCUCCCAUUACAUCGUCACCGACUAAUCGCCGCCGAGCGAUUGGACAUGACUCUUCCAACUCGUCACGCACACCUACGCCGGAACCAAGCUUUGUAUCCCCUAUAUCACACCAGCCUUCAGCGCGAACUCUUAGACGACGACUUUUACGAAUGAAACGAAAGCACGAAAGCAUACUGCAGACAUACUACAACACAGGCACGGCCUAUUCAGAGCCAAUAUCCUCAAUGAUGUAUUCACUAGCAUCUGAGCUGGGUCGCGAAGAUAACGACCUUUUGUGGCUGGCAAUUGUGGGAACCUCCAGUAUGGAGCUAUCUGGACGAACGAUGGCCGGUGUAGGCAUCUCGAGCUCCUCUGAACAUGGUGGCUCAGCAGGAUGGGGUGGAUCACGAGGCGAACAAAUACGGCAAAUUAUGCGAGACGAAGUGCACAGACUCAAUCCGCCGGAGGGCGUCGAAAGUUAUCGUGAUAUUCCUGGUUCAAACACCGAUGUCAUUCCUACCACGGGAAGGUCACCAACGGACACGUCAAUACGAAUAUCUCCGGAACCUCGUUUCCUACUGGUACGACACUGGUCGUUGUACGAAAGCAUGCUCCAUAGCCCAUAUUUGGCGUCAAGACUGCAUGUAUGGACGGAGAAUGGCCGGAAAAGGCUACAUAAGUUACUGGCCAAAAUGGGUAUUAGUUUGACACAAUGUCACCAAAAUUAUAACCAUAUGGACAUGGAGUUGAAGCGCGUAUUGCGUUCGCGAUUACUGAAAUAUGCUCCUAUGUACGGCUUGGAGGGACUGGUCCCUCCCGUUGCAUCAGGACACAGCAGUAAUCGUGAAGGUUGGGGCUUUGUACGAAGUUGGGGAUGGAAAGCAUGCUUGUCGGCAACAGAUGUCGCUGUGAUCCUGGGGUCGAUACUAGAAGUUGGACCAAGUGCAGCAGCGACGUGGGAAUCUGGAUCCUAUGCAACCAGACAGUUGGCCAUGAACAAAGCAACCAGUCCCUCGGAUACUGACCCGGCAAAUAUUCAUCCCCGAUUUUGGAGCGCUUACGACGCACUUUCUCCGACUGGAUCUGAUUCGCCCACGCUCCUGAUUGAGUCAUUGCCUUUGGCACAACACCUUCAUCGUUCAAUUCUUCGUACUGGAACGUCUUUGAUGUCGAAGAACCAGAUCCGCCAUCUACGAGCUUUCCGCAUUGGUGUUGUCAAAGAUGGGCCUGACGUUAAGCUAUUCACUAAUCCGGGAGCUUUGACAAAGUUGGCAUUGUGGGUCGCAGAAGCAAUUCAAGUGCAAGAGAGGGAUAAGAGUGAAACCAGAAUGGGCAAGAAGAAGAUUCUAGGCACACCUCUUGUCCUAGCUGGAUUAGACGAGGACCGCGGCGUCUAUGUUGUAGUUGGCACUGGCGGUGGUGGCGGUGUUAUUGAUUUCGCGGCUCUAGCGAAAAAGAAUGAGGCACGACGGGUGAAAAAAGAAGCAGCAGAUAAGAAAAAGAAAGAUCGCGAGGAACGACGAGAAAAGCGUGCGGCUGAACAUGCUCGCCGCGGCGAAGACGAAGAUGACGACGCAUCGGAAGACGAAUCAGAAGAAGAUGAGUCGGAAUCUUCGUCUGAUGACGAAUCAGAAGAUGAGAAGAGCCUCUAUGGAAACAAGCGUCUUGUUCGUAACCGCUUUGGUAUCGCCUUCCAGGAAGUGGUUCAAGAGACCAGUGCCCGAGUUCGAAUCGACAGCUUUGAGCACUGUGUAGUAGAGGUGCAGAAAGAAGAUUUGAGUGGAUUCCUUGAGGCCUUGAGCUUUAGGAGUGUCGUCGGAUAG